AUGGCUGUGAACAAGUGCCUCAAAUAUCUGCUCUUCUUCUUCAACCUCCUGUUCUGGCUGAGUGGUUGCAUCAUUCUGGGCGUGUCCAUCUACCUGAAAGUCAGUAAGGAUGCAAACAAGAUCACUAACACGGCUAUGCCUGGCAUUGACCUGAUGAUCGCCAUCGGCGUCAUCAUCAUGUUGCUCGGGUUCCUGGGCUGCUGUGGAGCCAUCAAGGAGAACCGCUGCAUGCUGCUGCUGUUCUUCAUCUCCCUCCUCCUCAUCUUCAUCCUCCUAGUGGCAGCCGGAAUCCUGGGAGCUGUGGGCGAGUCAAAGGUGAAGGACUUGGUGAUGGUCGAGCUGGAGAAGUUAACUCCGCUCUCGAAACAACCACAGAAUGUGAGGGAUGAUGUGGAGACGCUGCAGCGUGAGCUGAAGUGUUGUGGCAUCCUGAAAGGAGCGGCCGACUGGACCAAGGUUCCAGACUCGUGUCGCUGCAACAGCACAGAUACAGACUGCAAGUCGGGCGCCAUCUUCAGCGAGACUUGUGGUGAUAAAAUCAUCAGUCUGCUGGAGCAACACUUGAAGGUCGUCCUGGGAAUCGCUUUCGCCGUCGCCGUCCUGAUGAUCUUCGGCAUGGUCUUCGCCAUGAUUCUCUACUGUCAGAUCGGCCGGAAGAACAGCGGCGCCACCACCACAAACGCCUGAGGCCCCGCCCUCGCUGCCUCGCUCCCUCGCAACGGCCAAUCAGCUGUGCCCAAAUCACCUGUGAAACAUCUACUUAACCUCAGUGCUUCUGUAAUUUCACCUGCGGUUUUAUUGUGAAGGAACACUUUGAGUU